AUGCAGUCCGUCAGCCGCUUCCUGUGGGGCCCGACGCCGCAAGAAAAAGUCCGCAAGUGGCAGCAGCAGCUCAAGAAGGAGCAGCGCGCGCUCGACCGCGAGAUCCACGCCCUCGACUCGGCCGCGACCAAAGUAAAGGGCGACGUCAAGCGCCUCGCGCAAAAGGGCGACACCAAGAACGCCAAGUUGCUCGCGAGGGAGGUCGUGCGCAGCAAUCGCCAGAAGCAGCGCAUGUUGACGUCCAAGGCCCAGCUCAACUCGAUCAACAUGCAGCUCGGCCACCAACUCGCCAUGGUCAAGGUGACAGGCACGCUCCAGGCGUCGACCGACAUUAUGAAGGCGUCCAACGCCCUCGUCCAGCUCCCGCAACUCGCCGGCACGAUGCGGGAAAUGAGCGCCGAGAUGAUGAAGGAGCUCGAGGACGAGGCGCAGGAAGAGGUCGACAAGGUCCUGUGGCAGAUCACCGACGGCAAGCUCGGCCAGGCCUCGGCCGCGUCGGGCAACAAGGUCGGCGCGCUCCCGCAGCAGCACGCGGCAGGACCGACGCCCGACGAGAUCGAGCGCGACGAGGAGAUGGAGCGUGCGAUUCAGGGUCUGCUGUCGAGCUGA